GCAAGAAUCAGAUUGAUCGUGGAAAACCGUAUGCAGCUGGCAAAGGUUUCCAGAGGCAGAGUGGGAUGAAGAGGCCUAGUGGAGGAGACUCUAGUGCUCCUGCUAAGUGUUACAGAUGUGGUCAGGCGGGACAUCGUAUCCAUGAGUGUACCAGUAAUGAGAGGAAAUGUUUCAAGUGUGGAAAAGGUGGUCACUUGGCUGCAGACUGCCGGUUGAAGACUGUGACUUGUUUCAACUGUGGAGAGUUGGGUCAUAUCAGUCCACAGUGUCCUAAGCCGAAGAAAGAGAAUCAGUCAGGAGGCAAGGUCUUUGCUUUAUCAGGUUCUGAGACUUCUGCAGAUGAUCGUUUGAUCCGAGGUAACGAGAAAUGAGUUGAGUAGAAGCUAAUGCUUGGAGUCUAGAGUAGUUCUUAUGGGUCAUGCUCUGAUAGAUGUAACAUCGGGAGGGGAUGUCUUAAUUGAUUUGAUAUUGGUUGUUGAUGAUUUACAUGUAUUGUGUUACAUGUUUUACCUUGAGUUGAAUUUUAUUCCGCUGCGAAUUAUGCAAAGAACCUUAUUUUGAUUAAAUAAAUGAGCAUGACAGGAUAUUUUAAUGA